AUGUUUCGUGCUCUGAAAUUAUUGAAACCCCAAAAUCCGAUGUCCAUCCGCAAGGCUAAUUGGCAAAACUUUGUUAUGUCGGAUGUUUUAGCCAAUUUGGAAAAGCAAUGCGAGAGAUAUUGCCCUAAACCAAGAUUUCCGCCAAGAAAGGUAGCAGUGGUUGGAGCUGGCAGCGACGUCGGUCGUAUCGCGUCACUUUUCCUCAAACAACAGAAGGUGAUCAACGUUCUUGCGCUGUAUGACGACUGCCCUGAACAUAACGUGUGUGGCGUUGGUAACGAUCUAGCGCACAUCGACACCAGCACUGAGGUUGAGGCGUAUCAAGGAAAGAUGUUCCUGAAAGAUGCAUUACAUGAUGCAGACGUAGUGCUAAUCUGCGGGGGCUGCUACAUCCAGCCGCCGUGCUGCAACACGCCGGACCGCGACCUGUUCUUCUACAAUAUGCAGCACGUGCGCACCACGAGCCUGGCGUGCGCUCAGUUCUGCCCGCAGGCCAUAAUUGCUGUACAGACCCCGCCCGUCGAUUGUAACUACGCGCUGUGUGCUUAUACGCUCAAGCUCGCAGGCGUAUACGACAAACGGAAAGUACUCGGAGUGAACGCUAUUAACGCGAUGCGAGCGAACCAGCUCUUCUGCUCGAUCACAGGAUCGGACCCCUCCAAGAGCACGACGCCGGUGGUCUGCGGCACGGGCCGCUGCACGCGCGUGCCGGUUUUCUCUGCUGCUAAAGCUGGCAACUUUCCGCAGACACAAGCGGAUUGCCUAACUCGACUGGUGAGAGAAGCAGAUGAGAUUAUUUGUAAAGUGAAAAGUAACAGGGAGCAAGGUCACCUCUCGAUUGGUUUCUCUUCAGCAAGAUUUGUUACCAAUAUAAUGCAAGGUCUUUUCGAGAAACCAACGUUCAUAGACAGCGCACUAGUGGAACAAGGGGACCCGGGCAAGUGCUAUAACAUGCCGAUAUGCGCGACCCCACUCACUGUCGGCAGGAGCGGCGUGCAGGAGUAUGCUGUUCCCACACUCAAUGAGUCUGAGACUCGCCUGCUGGAGGACAGCAAGUGUGACUUGGAAGACAUGCUUAACCUCGGUCGUUGCUACGCGCUCGGCGAGGAAUAUUAUCUUCAUCCACAAAAAGUGUGCCCGUGUAUCAAAUGUCUGCAGUGCCCUGAUUGCGAGCCGCAGAAAAAAAUUCAACAAUGA